CAGGAACCUGGACGCGUGUCUGACUCACCUUCGGCGACAGCCAAAGACCUGUACAUGUGUAAAAUAUGUGUCUAACUCAAGUUGUUCUCUCUCUCUCUCUCUCUCUCUCAUUUCACAGUGAACACUGACACAGAAACAGCGGUGGUGAAUGUUACGUACGCAACCAAGGAGGAAGCUAAAGUAGCCAUUGAGAAGUUGACGGGACACCAGUUCGACGACUGCUCCUUCAAAGUGUCGUACAUUAUGGACAUGGAUGCUGCUCCGCCUGUUCAGGUGGCCCGCACUCGGCGCGGGGGGCGAUCGCCCCGGGACCAGGGCCCCACCCAGCCCGGGCCCUCGGGGGGCUUUGGCGCCCCACGUCCCCGGCAACACGACUUCCCCCUACGCAUGCUCGUGCCUACUCAGUUUGUGGGAGCCAUCAUCGGCAAGGAGGGCCUGACCAUCAAGAAUGUCACCAAACAGACACAGUCCAAGGUGGACAUUCACCGGAAGGAAAAUGCAGGUGCGGCAGAAAAGCCCAUUACCAUCCACUCGACACCAGAGGGCUGCUCCUCCGCCUGCCGCAUGAUCCUGGACAUCAUGCAGAAGGAGGCCAACGAGACCAAGAC